AUGACCUCAGAAUCUAUUUAUGAAAGUUAUAAAAAUCCCAAAACUGUAUCUGUUCCUCCAAAUUCACCAUGGGCAUUAGGAAUUGGAAAUACACCUAAACCUUAUCCUCUUUCUUUUAAAGCAGAUGAAACGAUAAAAGAAGAGAGUAAUAAAGUUGUACUAUCACCUAGUGCUAUACAACAACGAUCGAUUUUAUCACAAACAACACCAGCAAGAAAAAAAACAUCAUCUCAAUUUAAUGAAUCGGUUUUAAUGAAUCAAAAAAAAUCAAAAUCUUCAAGAUUAUCUGGACAGACUGACUUUGAUCCAUUAUCACCACCACCAUCAAUAGAUUCAUCGAUUGCAACAACAUUUGAUCCAGAAACGGACAAACAUUUAUACGAGAAAGCAUUGAAUCUUUAUAGAAGUUUUAGUAAAGAAAAUGCAAAAUCAAUAAGAAAAUCUUCGUUACAUGUUCGAAAGUCAAUAAAGUGGCAUGGCUAUGUAUGGCCCUUUCUUUGCCUACAUACUGCAUGGUUAUACAUAUAUUUAUUUGAAUAUGAUGAAUAUCUUGGGUCUGAAGAAUGGACAUUUUUAACACUUGGAAGCUUAAUUACAAUAAAUGCUUUGGUAUUUUUGAGUUGUCAAUGGAGUGUUGGAGCGAAAGCAUUCUUUACUUGUUCAAAUGUAAGACAAAAUAUUUAG